AUGGCAACUUUAUGUGCUUUGCAAGCAGAGGCCAAGUUCUGCACCAGAGUGACCACAGCACACUGUAAUGAUGGGAGAUGUGGAACCCUUUCUAUCAAUGAUGCUUCGAAUGCAUCGAAGUUGCUUGACUUGUGUACCAAAGCAAGGAUCUUUGUGCCAAAUGGAAGAUCAAUGAUGGGAUGUUUGGAUGAAACGAGGACUUUGGAAUAUGGUCAGGCUGUUGAUGUUCCAUCUCUGCACCAUAUGGUUGAUUGCAUGGUUUUUCAUCAGAAAGGAAAGAGUGGUUCAGCUGCAGAGAAAGCGCUCACCAUCAUGUGCAAGAUAAAGAAAUCCGGACUUCGGGAUCUCACCACAAGCAAGACACCAGAAGCUUCCAUUUCUGUUGCUUUGACAAGGGAUACUAAACUUUUUGAAAAAAUAGCUCCUUCAACCUAUCGUGUCAGAUCUGCUUAUAGGAAGGAUCCAGCUGAUGCUGAGUCAAUUUUGGCAGAAGCCAGAAAGAAAAUAAGAAUAUUUGAGAAUGGAAUUUUAUCUGGAGAAGAUGCUAAUGAAGUGGAAAGAGAGGAUGAAGGGGAAAGAGAUGAAGAAUUUGAAGGAGAAUGUUUCUGUCCAGAAAUUGGAAAGGAGAAUGUUUCUGAUGAUACAAAUUUGCAAAAUGAGAUUGAAGGAGACGUAGAAUCUUGCACUAUUGCUGGUUCUGUGGAUGUGUCAUCCAAGACUGCCACUGAGUUCCAUAAGGAUGCUGAGGAUUUUUGUGGUGGUAAAGAUGAUCAGGAAAGUGUGGAGAUUGAUGAAAGUAAGUCAGGUGAAUUGUGGGUUCAUGGACUUACUGAAGGGGAAUAUUCUCAUCUCAGUGUUGAGGAGCAUCUGAAUGCUCUUGUUGCUUUAAUUGGUAUUGUGAAUGAGGGGAACUCAAUUCGGGCUGUUCUUGAGGACCGGCUGGAAGCAGCAACUGCUAAAGUGGAUUUCUUGUCCUUAUUAGGGAGCAAAAUUGAAUUUCAGCUUCCCAAUUCUGUAUUGGAUGGCGGCCACAGCUCCUGGCUUCUAGCUGAUAAUAAAAACAAUGAUGUUUCCGCAGAGAACCAAAAUUCAUUGCAUGGACCCCAAGGUCUCCAGAAUGACUUGAGCAGUGUUCCAACUGAAAGAUUCUCAGCUGUUCAGGAUUCUUGUGGAGGACCUGGAGGUCCUGAUAACUUCUCUAUGCAAUAUGGACAUGCUUCAAAAAGGUCACGCACUCAAUUGAAGUCUUACAUUGCUCAUAGAGCUGAAGAGAUAUAUGUAUACAGGUGCUUGCCUCUUGGUCAGGAUUGCAGGAGAAAUCAGUAUUGGUGGUUUGUUGCAUCUACCUCAAAAAACUGGUUCAGGCAGGAUAUUUGUCGAGCUACAUGACAAUUCUUGGAGACUUAUAGAUACGGAAGAGGUAAGUGUAUGCAAUUAGAUAUUUUAUCA